CUCCCAGGACCCUGCAUUCACUAUAUCUGGUCUCCCCGGACCCUGCAUUCACUAUAUCCGGUCUCCCCGACCCUGCAUUCACUAUAUCUGGUCUCCCCGGACCCUGCAUUCACUAUAUCUGGUCUCCCCGGACCCUGCAUUCACUAUAUCUGGUCUCCUCGGACCCUGCAUUCACUAUAUUCGGUCUCCCAGGACCCUGCAUUCACUAUAUCUGGUCUCCCCGAACCCUGCAUUCACUAUAUUCGGUCUCCCAGGACCCUGCAUUCACUAUAUUCGGUCUCCCAGGACCCUGCAUUCACUAUAUCUGGUCUCCCCGGACCCUGCAUUCACUAUAUCUGGUCUCCCCGAACCCUACAUUCACUAUAUCCGGUCUCCCCGGACCCUGCAUUUACUAUACCUGGUCUCCCCGGACCCUACAUUCACUAUACCUGGUCUCCCCGGACCCUGCAUUCACUAUAUCUGGUCUCCCACAGUACACACAACAUA